CUGGUUUUGGGCCUCCUCGCAUCGACAUGGCUAAGCGCACCAAGAAGGUCGGCAUUGUCGGUAAAUACGGGACUCGCUACGGUGCCUCCCUCCGGAAAAUGGUGAAGAAGAUUGAAAUCAGCCAGCACGCCAAGUACACCUGCUCCUUCUGUGGCAAGACCAAGAUGAAGAGGCGGGCCGUGGGGAUCUGGCACUGUGGCUCCUGCAUGAAGACCGUGGCUGGUGGUGCCUGGACCUACAAUACCACUUCGGCGGUCACAGUGAAGUCAGCCAUCAGAAGACUGAAGGAAUUGAAAGACCAGUAGAAGCUCUUACAAUUUGAGACAUCUUUAGCCUAUAAUAAAUGGGUUAAUUUAUGUAA